GAAACUGAAAGUAGAUUGAGAUGGAUCUGAGACGCCAUUACAGGGUGUACGAUCUCUGCUGGAAAACAACAUAUUUGUAGGAAUUUAAGAGGAAAAGUGAAGGACUGUAUAUUGGUGAGUCCUGCUGUUGAAACUAUUUCAGUUACAAAUGGCUGACAAAGUUGCUCUUUUUGAAAGUUAUCUGAGCUGCCAUGUGUGUUCAGAGACUUUCAGAGAUCCUGUGUCUCUGAGCUGCAACCACAACUUCUGUUCAAGCUGCCUGCAGAAAUUCUGGGAACAAGCUCAAAACAAAAACUGUCCUAUUUGUAAAAGAAUAUCCUCAAAAGAGAAUCCUUUGGUGAACUUUGGACUGAAGGAACUGGCUGACUCCUUUGCUGGAAGACAGAAAUCUGGAUCAUCUGAGACAGAAAAGGGGAAAGAGAAGUCAUUAAUUGAAGUUUGUAGUAAACACAAAGAAGAGUCUAAACUGUUCUGUGAGAAUGAGCAGAGAGUUGUGUGUCCUGUCUGUGAGUUUUCUCUCCAUCACAAUCACAAAGUGGUUCCUAUAGAACAAGCAGUCAGUGACCUGAAGGAGCAGCUGAAAUCUGACUUAAAGUCUCUGGAGGACAAGAGGGACAAAUACAAACAAGUGAAGGAAACAUACAAUGAGGUGAUUCAACACUCCAAGAAGCAGCUGCUGUCCACAGAGAGGCAGAUCAGAGCAGAGUUCAACAAGCUCCACCAGUUCCUGAAAGAGGAAGAGGAGUCCAGACUGGCAGCUCUGAGGGAGGAAGAGGAGCAGAAGGAGAAGACUGUGAGCAGAGAGAUGAAGAGGAUUCAGGAGCAGAUCUCCUCUCUGUCAGACAGUAUCUCUGCUGUUGAAGAAGAGCUGCAGAAACACCAGGUGUCUUUCCUCAGCAGUUAUAAAGCCACUCAGACCAGAGCCAGAGCCCAGUGCUCACUGUCAGAUCCACAGCUGGUCUCAGGAGCCCUGAUAGAUGUGGCCAAACACCUGGGCAACCUGGCCUUCAGAGUCUGGGAGAAGAUGGAGGAGAAGGUCCACUUCAGUCCUGUCAUUCUGGACCCAAACACUGCAUAUCCCUGGCUCUAUCUGUCUGAUGAUCUGACCAGUGUGAGAUGUGGAGACAUAAAGCAUCAGCUUCCUGACAAUCCAGAAAGAAACACAAAGUAUAACAGUGUUCUGGGCUCUGAGGGCUUCAGCUCAGGGAAACACAGCUGGGAGGUGGAGGUGGGAGAUCAUCCUGACUGGAAUGUUGGUUUAGCUAAAGAGUCAGUUGACAGGAAGGAAAAGCAAUUAGCCUCACCAAAAUAUGGAAUCUGGUGUUUGUUGCAUCACAAUGGAAAAUACAGUAAUGGCUUUAAAUUUGUGACAGUGAAGAAGAGUCUCCAGAGGAUCAGAGUCCAGCUGGACUAUGACAGGGGAGAGGUGUCCUUCUACAACUCUGAAGACAUGACUCACAUCUACACUCACAGUGACACUUUCACUGAGAAACUCUUCCCAUAUUUUAAUAUUGGUGAAGCUGGUGCUGCCAAAACCUCUGAUAUCAAAAUCAGAAAGUGAGAUUUCUCUGUGAUGUUCAUGUUUAAUGGAUUAUAACAGAAUACAGUUUCAUUUUGUUCAGUAAAUACUCAUACUUAUCAUACUGUAAUCUGAAUGCUCUCUUGACUUCUAAAAAACAUGCCCAGACAGUUCUUCUCAUGGGAUUAACUUUAUGUAAUUAUGCCAUAAAACAGAGUGUGUGGUGUUAAUGUGAUAAUGUAUAUGUAUAUAAUAAUGUAUCUAAAAGACUUGGCUUUAAAACUACAAACACAACUGUCCAAGUGUUAUUUGUUCAAUAAUUUGCACAACAAUAGAAUUUAACGUAUACAUCAAAACAGUCAAUAGUUUAUUUUGUGUACUUAGACUCCUGUAGUGGUAAUAUCCUGUUGCUUUAUGAUAUUUCUAUCACUUGGUCCAUUUCUGGUUAUGGGGUUGUUGAACGAGUUCAGAAUGAUAUCAUUGCUAUU